GGAUAAUUUUUUUUCGAGUUUACCUUCGGCUUCGGGGAUUCCAGAGCACUCUGUGAACUCAAUCAUAUUUUAUCUAUGUUCGUUGUAAGUAUAUUUGCUAUGCAGCUUGGUACAACUGGUAUUAACGUCAUUAUUUAGUUUCAUUCGUCCACAUGCAUUGGCGUUCAUCAGAGCUGGCAUCUAUGUAUCAAGUCUCCAAAAAGUUUUUUUCUAUCUAUGCAUGGUAGCGUACGGUUUAUUUGUACUGAGUGCUAUAUUAAUGUUUUGAACUACAGCUCAGGCUAGAAUGACGCGUAGUAGUUAAUGAAUGCAUAUGCGUGCGGAGGCGGAUAUAGAAAAUAUGAAAGCAAUUUAACGUCUAUCAAUCUACUUUGAGGUGGACAUCAAAAAAAGUCACAAAAAUGACGAGGUCUCCGACGGCUUAUGCUACGCCGGAGCGGCCGAGGCAGGUCGACGGCGCCUUGGAGGACAGCAGCGAAGAUGGCAGUAAGUAUUCAUAUCCAGGCACGAUCCUGAGUAAAGCGCCAAGCCCGGUUGCAACGCCAGACAGUCCUUGGGGAAGUCGCCUGUUCCAACUGCAUGGAGGGAGUUUGGAACAAGAGGAUGACGUUGAAAUGGACGCUGAAUUUUUCGGACGCGACGAUGGCGUCAAUCUUGUCGAUCAUGACGAGGAUCAGGAUGACGACAGAGAGCGGGCUAAAAAGAUGGCAGAAACGGCAAGUUCCGACAUCCUACUUCUCGAUCGCGAUGAGGAAGAUGACGACGAGAAGAGGGAAUUCAAGCGUAAAAGUUGUACGACGACGACGACGUGUUCCACUGCAGCACGAACUGCAUCGAUUGGCACGUCUUCUGGGGCUGCAAGGACUAGCAGCUCGUCUUCUACAUCCAGAGUACAACGAGGCAGCGAUGAACAACGUCAGUUCUUAAGCGCCCGCGAGCGCGUGAGAGCACUUGAAUCUCGGAAGUUGGUGUCCGUGCUAUUGCAGGUUUUUGAUCAGUGGGCAUCUUUCCGCGAGGUUGAGCUUGGUUGUCGUCUUCCGCCAACCUGGAGAAACGCAGCAGAGCAAGACUCGAAACGUGCAGCAGCGUCUUUUGAUGCUGACGCUUUCCUAGCCGACCCUGGUCAAUAUGUGCGCGCUUGGCGUGUUCGUAAUAUCACGACCAGUGGGAUGCAGAAGACUGCACCUGGUACUAUUCUUUCACUUUUGCGUGAUUUCGCAAGCACAGAUCACGGGUGCGGUAAAAAAAAUGGCGUGUUGUAGCUCACGGACUUGUUUAUUUAUUGAUCUGGUGCGUCUAAUAUUAUGAAAAUUCGACCUUACUACAACUUAUAACUUCAGGAGGCUUGCGUGCACCAGAGAUGGGCCUGUUGCUUUCGUCGCUAAGUCGAGACUUGUUUGACUUGCUUCCCGCGUGUGCGGUCGAGUAUGUGUUGGUAAUUUUCGACGUCCUUACGGAGCGACUGCCGUCCGAUUGGACCUUGCGUGAGGCGGUGUCUGCGACUGGUGUGCUGCAGUUUCUGGUCUACGCACUGAAGAUGAAACUGCACGCAGUCAAGAGCAUCUGGCGCAUGCCUUUGUUGUACUUUCCCAACAAGUCUUCGGAAGGGUCAUCUUUAUCGUCCAGCAGCACUGCAGGUCGUAAAGGGGAAGUGGUAGAUUCUAGCUCCUCCAGGAAGAAAAUCAACUUGUUGUCUGGAGAUGCUAGCCCGAGUAGACAUGUAGUUCUUGGACCAAAUGGUGUUUCCUCUUCGUGCAUUGUUUCUCCGCGGAUGACAAGAACACUCCAUGGGCAAGAUUCUGACGGAAAAGCGGGUGUGGCCAGUCGCGUAUCCGCGCCAGCUGCUUUCAACGUCUCAGAGCCGCCAGUGGAUAUGGAUCUCGAGGAAGCAGGCGUGAAUGGGACAACUCGCGGCGAGGGAGCCCUUGCUGAACCCACCAGUACCAGUUGUAAAGUCACUGUCAAAAGGGUGUCCGCAUCAAGCAUUGAUCAUAUCCAGCCGAAGGGUCUGGCCGGAUCAACACGGAGAAACUCAUUAGGGGGAACAACUUGCGGGAGAGCAUCACGUGCUGCUUUCAAUGUUGAUCAUGCUCACAGUUUUGGGGCAGGUGCAGGUUGUAGAAGUACGCUGUCCUCGAAACUUCGCGGCCUCUAUCCUCUUGACUACCCUUUCGAGCGACCACUUCACGAGCUGCUUGCCGAAGAAGAUUUAGGAGAGACGGCAUCCAUUUGUUGCACCCUUCUUGCGGGUUGCGAUUUCUGUCUCACCCCGGUGCGCAGUCUGCUGCUCGUGCAACGCAUACUGCGGUUCUUGCGCGAAUUUUUUGACGAGAUGACAAUUUUUGCCGACGCCGGCUAUGUUCCUGCGAAGUGCUUAGCGGACCUCCUCGGGCUGGUCUCGUCUCGAACUUACGUAACACCGAAUCCUGGGAUGAAAGAGUUGACGCGCUCUGCAAGCGAGCGACCAGCAUCAAAUGCAGCGCCGGUCCCCGCUUGGUUUGACCCGCCGCAACGUGUGCAGCAAAGUUUAGGGACGCAGGAGCAUAUGACAGGACCUCUUGCUUUACUACCAGGACGAGAUGGUAGCUCAUCCUCUACUUCUAGCAGGGCAGGAGGUGGAGGUCCGCUCGCUACCUCUGCGUCUGCAGCGAUAUGGAACGGCACGUCGUCCUCUUCAUCGCGAUCAACACUGCAGUAUCCUGCGUCUGUAGUACCCCCUUCGCUGUCCAGCGGUUCUGCAACGCAGGAAGUUGACUUUUACCGUGGAAAAAAGUUUGGCAGAGCAGAAACCUUCGCUCCGGUUGGAGGACCUGCGUCCGCAUCGUCUUUUGGCGCCACUCGUGGCGUGGUCUUGGAGAGUGAGAAACGCCCCAUUCUAUCAGGAUUGGAGGUCCUCAUUGAGUACGUGCGGGCGGCUUCUGGUCUCCGAGAUCCGCAGGGGACAACUGGAGGUAAGGAACGAAGCACGUCCCGCAGUCGGAGGAGGAGAGACCGUACAUCUUCAACUAGGCCAGAUGGGGUAGCUGAUGCUGUAUCGAGAACUACGGCUGCGGAUGCUAUAGUUGCAUCUGGCGGGACAGCCUCUCGAGGUCCAGGUAGGAACAGAAGCAAUGUUGCUGUGGCGACUUCUUCUACUGGGGUCCCUCCCGAGGUUGGAUCAAUAACUGCAAGAUCGCCGACUACAUUAGCUGCGCAUGCAGGUGGACAUCCUCAUGCGACAACUGCUGGAAGUGGCAUAGAGCCGUCAUCAUUAGGACCCCUACCUCGCAAUGCUGUCAGUGAUCACUUGCAGUUGCUUUCUGCUUUAUGUUUGAAUGCCGGACGCACCGACAGUUCCCCUUCCCGCUUCCAGGACGUUACUAUGGCGCCUGCAGCACGUACUGCUGGGGUAUCGACAAAAACAAACAGUGGCAAUCUGAUCGCUGAGGAAGAAGAGCACCUUCGUUUCGUUUCGCGCCUUUCCCUUGUUCCUGCGCAUGUCUGGCAGGAGGUGCGGUUUCGCGACAGCAACGGAACACUUGAGCGACCCUUCGAACAGCGCAAGCUGUUGUUGCCGUUUUUCACGACAGACGUGUGUUUGCAGCAUUGCUGGGAGGACUGUCUGCAGCACGCGAAUGCCUUGCUUCUGACACUUUUGGACCGAGGAACUCUUGCCUUCACGUCGAAUCACUGCCAGAAAGAUUUUCUUCUUUCUCAACAACAUCAGCAGAUCUUAGCAGACCCACCAGCAGCGCAUCUGGCCGGAGGAGGCGUGAACCCCAACCUGACCGACAAUGGAACAAACACAACGCCAGUAGGGACGAACCACGCUGUCUGGCGUGACGGGCUCAAUUCGGAGACCGCUUUAGCGGAAGUCGCGCGUCUCUUCGCUGCAGGAGAAACACCGGAAGACGCUUUCGCCGCUGUUCUCGCCAAUCCACGCACUGCACCUUCCAGAGAAGCACUCAGAGGGCGCACGGGUCGCCUGGAAAGAACCCGCGACAUUGAACAAGAGGUAUCCAUGACAUACCAUCCAUGCCUAUGCACUUAAGUAGGACAAGAUCUUUUUGUUUUUUUUUGAUUUGGUUUACGUCUCUACCAAUACGUUGUUUACCUAAAAACAUUGUUAUAAGAUGAAUGUGAAAAUCAAGAAUUGCGAAGAUCAUGGGUGUGCUAGUCCAUUUCAAUCUGAUUGAAUCACAACGAAACAGACUCCGGUUCGAGAAGACGGCUCCGAAACUGGUCUGCGAAUACCUGCACCACGGGAGAUGUUGGCAGAACUGUUGCCCGAGCGUGACCGGCUCAUUGAGGCCUUGCAACCAGCACGUGAAGUAUUGAAUGAAUUGGAGGCGCAAAUCAGUCUUCAUCAAGAACGCAUUGAGCGUCGAAUGGAACGCGUGAGAGGUCUCUUGCGACGAAAUACGAGCACACACGACGCAAUGAUGCGCCAGGCGUCGCUGCUUGUAGAGGAGGUCGAGGACGAUGAGGUCGUCGUUGUGGGAGAAACGCAGUCAACAACAGCUGCAGCAGGGGUUGGAACACAGGCUGAUAGCGGAGCUGCUCCGACGCGGGAUACCGCUGUCGGACCAGGCGCUCCGCCGGUACAACUGGUAGACACCGCGGUAGGACCGGGUGAAGAGGCAACGCCAGUUGCCGGCGCCGCACGUCGGGAAGACCUUGGACGAGAUGAAACACCGUUGCCAGCGGCGAUCUCGACAAGCACUAGUAGAAACGACGAAGAGGCACCACAGAGGACACAAAGAAACAUCGAACAAGAACAAGUCAAUAAUCUUAAUCAAAGAAGCAACUCCAAUAGUUCAUCUAGCAAUGUGUCUUUCUCAACUGGAGAUCUUGUUGGCGCAGGUGCAUUCCAGAGCGGACACGAAAGAAUCGGAUUGCAAGGCACUGUUGAAGUGAUGCCUGAGCAGCCUUAUCAAGUUGCAAGUGUCGUUGGGGCUUCUAGAAGUGCAGCAGCGACCGGCGGAACGCAACCGCCUGCGGCCACUGCCAAUGAUGGAACUGUCACACCGGUCACGGCAGGACCAGCACGGCCUGACUGGUAUUUAACCGGUUUCGACGAUUUUUCUCAACCAGUUGAUCCGGCUGAGUGGCCGGCAUCACUGCGGGGCCGACCUCGCUCCGGUUUUACUUCUCUCGAAGAAUCGUUGGACCUUGCAAAUCUGGGUGUCACUGACAUGAGUAUUGGCGGAGCCACACCAACUGGAAGUGUCGAGUUGGAGGACAACAUGAUGACUUCUCAUGUCGCAGGUGAAGCGCCCCAACCUCGGGCAGUACAGGAGCCAGGACGUGUGAGUGCGCUUGCCUCAGCGUUAGGAGCAGUAGCACGUGCUGCGGUGGAAGCAGAUGCUUUGGCAACGUCGAUGAACGCUUUAUCGCAGCCGGGGCGAAGCUGGAGUGUCGGCCCAGCCGGACUCACCUCCGAGCCCGCAGACAACGGGCAAGCCGCUACUUCCCUUACGAGCUCGCUCAAUCGCCUGCUCGGUAUUGAUAGCGAAAGUAUGUUAGCGUCAAUCGAUGCAGGCGAUGAGUCGCUCGUCCAGACUUUGUUGGACCUCGGCAAUACAGCUUCUGAACGCCCUCCAGGCGCUAUCGAUAUGCAGCGCGCGUACAGCCACGAAAGUGGCACCACCACUGACGACUCACUAGCUGUAACAAGAACACAGGGGGCAAUUCUCUCUGCAGCAAGUGCGCUUGAGCAAGAUAUCGCUGCUCGUGGACUUCCUCCUAGCUCAACGACUGGCGCGCGCGAUAUGGUAGUGUCGAGCUCUGCAACUAGUAGCAACUCGCUCGCCGCUCUAGCAACAUUAUCUGAAGUUGAUCAGGAUCAGGCUGAAGAACAGCCAGUCGUAGGAGUAACAGAAGUGGGUACUGACGCACGAAGGUGGGAUGACGCAAGAAGGGGGGAUGUUACUGCUGGUGAUCGCACGACGAGAGGACCUUCUUUGUCAGCGAGAGACCAAGGCGACCAUACAUCAAGCCUAUUAGCGUCUUCCACGAAGAACGUAACCACGACGGAUAGUUUAGAACGAGUAGAGAGUAUCGUAGCGCCACUGCCAACGGAACCAUCCGGUCCAAAGAUCUCGUUCUCUACGAAUGCGGUCGAUAUUGCUCAGUACACGCCAGGAGAAGUGCGAGCAAUAAACGCUUGUUUUCCAGGUCGUCUAACAGAAGAACGACUCCGAAAACGGCGAAAGUCUUUGCAACGCUAUCAUUCGGUUGGUGACGAAAGGACAGGGAAGCGCAGUGGCUCACCCUUGGGCGACCGUGACAGUUUCCGGAGAGGCAGUGGUCCGUUCCGCAGGGGCGCUGAUGUGGGAUCAGGAGGAUCACAUUGCCACCCUCGAGAAAGUUGCGACCCUUUAAGCGCCUCACUGUCAAGUUUUAGAUACCGUCGGAGUGCAGAGGACGACUCGUCAGCGGAGGAGGCGCUAUCUUUUUCGCAUAGCGCAGAAGACGAACCUAUUGUCAGGGAAGCACAGCCUUCUCCUGCAGAAGUUCUAGGAGCAAUGGCGGACGAUCAGAGUCCUGGACAACACCACUUUCCAAUAACUACGUCUUCAGCCGGAGCCUCCUCUGGCUCGCUUGGUUUCGAUCAUUUCUCUACAGCUACUUCUACGGCAGCAGGUCCACGGCCGGUCCCAAAUACUGCGACUCCAGCGCCAGCAUGGAACCGGAGAAGUAACCCGUCUCCCGCAGAGGACGCUCGAAAGUAUCUGAUGGGAGGAACUCCAGGAAGUCUCAACAUUCAACCAGGCGGAGACGCUUCAAGCAGUAGCGAACGAAUUGAUGAUGUGCAAGCAACAGGGCUUUCUUCAGGUUUUGAUUUUGCCGAGUUAGCAGGCCAGCUUGGAAUUUGUAUCAGCGACAUGAAUGGUUUUGUGCGUACUGGUGGUAACGAUGGAACUGCAAGAAGUCCCGGGGAAGAGAAUGAGGACGCAAGUAGCCCACCAUUGGUAUCUGCGUCUUCGGCACCCCCACGUACUAUGGCAUCUUCGGGUCGAACCAACGCGAUCGCACCAAUCGGACGCGUCCGCUCUGUUCCGCCACCGCAGUUCUCUCCGAUAGAAACCGUCAGCGUUGACGGAGCUGCACUAGGAAAUAGAAGUGCUGCACCAGUUGAGGCUCCAUUCUUUGGGAUUUCACCUACCUAUGACGCCGAUGCAGCUAGCAGUCCGGCGAAUCCGGUCCCUGAUGGAUCGAUGUCGGCAAACGAAGGAACUCACACAGCUAGUGCUGCUAGCACAUCUUCAGCAAUCGAUCCGCGCGAACGGGAGCAACGGUUGUUGUUCACGACGCCCGUCAACGAGUCACGUACGACCGCACUUGUCACGUCGCUCGAGAUGGAGGGGAGCGCCGAAAGCAGCCGAUUCGCAGACGCGGAUAGCACUGGUGAACUUCGCGGCACCAGGAGCAGCACCCGUCGCAGUAUGGCAGCUGCUGCUGUCUCUUCCGGCGGAGUAGUGGUUCCUCAGCGGGAGAACCUUCGCCAGCGGCGGCGCGAGGCUCGACGACGGGCAUUGACAAGAAGCAGUGCGAUUUACGCAGGCAGCACUGGAGAGCGAGAGCACACGCGGUCUUUUGGUGAAAAUGGCAAUCUCGACACCCCAGCUGCUGACUCGCCUGGUUUUUCGGAGAUCAGUUACAAUGUUUCUUCAAAUAGUACAUCAGGGGAAGGAGGAGCAUCUCUCUCUGGUCGCCCCGAGAGUACUACUGGAGAAGACGCGAAUACCACCAUAAGAAGAGCUGUUGAAGAACGUUGGCGGAGGACACGGGCCGGAUAUUCUGCGGCGCACGCAGCCGAAAACUCGAGAAUAGCCAGUAGUGGAAAUACAAUUGCUAGUCAUACUCAUACUAGUAUCGGACAUGCUGCGGUCGGCGCGGGCAUCGGUGCAAGUGUAUUGUCGAGCAGUAGUACAAGUCAGGCGUUAGUUCAGAGCCUGAUGUUUGAGGACCGGAGAUUGAGAGAAGCACUGUCGCGAGAGUUGGUGGCAUCGCCAGAUAACCCGGAUAGGAUUAUGGGGUACACUCAUGAACCACCUGACCGGGCGAAUUAUGCGAGACCAUCACUUGGACCUUCAACGCUCCAGCAGGGGAGCCAAGAUGAAGUUCAAGCAUUAACAUCACAACAUCAUCAACAACUGAAUCAGACGUUGACCAAUAGCAACAACUUGAGUCGUGCCGUGAACGAGCAGCAUGAAGCCUACGCGCGCAUGUGGAACUCACUGCAACAGUCGAUGCCGACCAGUCUCGAACAGGUCCAAGAGAGCCUGAGCUAUAACACCGCAGCUGAGGCGAACGCUUUCUCGUCGGCGCCAGGUCUACCUGGGACAAGCAGCUCGCCUCUACUAGCGACAGGAGGAGUCGGCGCAACGUCGCCCGCGGCGCCACGUAAUAUCAGCUCGUCAGCGCUGAGCUCUUUUUUUUCCGCUGAGGAGUUUUUUCCGAAUGCGACUGCAGCAAAUUUGUUGGGCGCUGCGGCCGCGGUGGAUGCAGUAGGUGCAAUGAUGCCAUCUCUUGGAUCCGGGAGUUCACUUUUUGUCGCUUCUGGUGCUACCGGAGAGAACAGUGGCCCAGCUGUGGAAGUAGCAAGCCCACCAGACGGAUCAGACGAGGCUGCUGCAUCUGGAACAUCUACGCACAGAAUGUUGGAACAACAAGGUUUCUGGCGCUCGGCGGGUUCGGGUUAUGCGGCCCCGUUAGGUACGGGAGAGGCGUUUUUGAACCAGUGGGCAGCGCUAAGCGAAGGAGGCUUUGCAGGCGGUGUUGGACUGCCCCACUACGAAAUCGAGCAGGCACCGCGCCUGUUCGGUACAACGUCAUCAGGAGGAGCAAACGAAGCAGCUGGGUCUGCAUCCUCAAGCCAUGGCGUUGCAGGGUACACAGGAGCGGCUGCUCCCGGUGAGGAGGGAUUUUCGUCAAAUGUAGGUGAUCCGACAGCGCAGCAAAACACCCCUGCUGGUGCUGGUUUACUAAACGGACGCGCACAAGGCGUACCUACCGCACGGCCAGGCACGCUGCCGCUUCAAGCUGGAACUCUUCCCGGCCUGAACGAUUUCGACCCUGCAGCACUCGUGGAGCACCACAGGAUGAUGUUGGAGCUUGGAUUUGCGCAGAACGCGAAUCUCAACCUUCUUGAUAACGCAGGCUAUCCUGGUAUCGGAGGCGGAGGUCUAGAGGGAGCCGCGAGGGGUCUCUUUCCUGCAGCGACAGUCCAAAACGUUGGAGCUUUGUCGCAUCCAGCCAUGGCCGGCGCUGUUCGGCCGCGUCCGGGCCUCUUUGCACAGGCUCUCAACUCAGGAGCCUUCGGCGCAGUCAUCGCGGUCCUCGCACGGGCGACCUCAAACCACAAGAGGUCUAAGGAUGAAGCAGAUGGAGGCGCAUCGGCAUCAACGUCAUCUGGCGGAGACAGCAGUUCCUCCAGUAGUGAAGGUUCCACUUCUAUCACGGCGGCGGCCGCUUCAUCUGGUAGCGCUGAUAAGAUGGGAAGCCAAGUUGAGCCGCACUCGCGUGGCGGACACUGUGUGUGGUAUCUAGGAGUUGCAGAGGAUGAGACCAACAACAGCAAUGACGCGAUAGCGACAGGGGAGGGUACGGAACGACCUGAUAAUGAUGAAGGUCUAAACGAGGCUGAGGUGGAGGCAGCUGCACAGCCGGACGACGAAAACGACGUCGAUAUGAACGAGACACCUGAUCAAAGAGAAGGUUCACAGGAUGAUGACGAUCACUUUCGCCAAAGCAGAAGCGAUGGCGUGACAGGGGAUGCGUCUAGCACUUCGACUCAAAAGCAAAACGCUGACGUUAUUGCCGGCGGGUCUUCGUCGUUCUCUUCCUCUGGAAAAAGCAGAAGAACUGUGCUUCCAGCGGGUUCGUCUCAAAUGAACUUGUCAUUGGUGCUGCAGUGCAGCGAGGUAGCUGCGUUUCUGAGCUGUCCACGGCUAAUCUACGCGGACAGACAAAACUUGACCACUCCUUUUAGUCGUGCGGUGGGGCAAGCAGGUAAAGGAACGGUGUGCACGCACCUUUUUGAAGCACUGGAUGCACUAAUGGCCUAUCCACUCCUAGAGGAAAAGCCUGAAACCCGAACGCGCAUGCAAGAGACACCGACAGUUGAAGAUGAUAGUAGUGUGCUCGACAAGAAGAAGGUUGAUUCGGGUAGUUCAGCUUCGUCAAGUUCCUCUGUUUCAUCGACAGUUUGGUCCAGACACAAUGUAGAAGCGCUCCCGGGAGAGCCAGAAUCGGAAUCGCCGCGACGCGCUCCAUGUUGGCACAAGAGGACGCGCUCUAUAGAAAUCGUGUCGCACACGGAGCACUUUCAUCAGCAGAUGGUCACCAAAAGCAGUACGGCGUCAACGAGCUUAGCCUUCUCGUCGUCGAAAGGAAAGCCUUGUGCGGAAGGUCCAACAAGAGGUCGAGGUGGUGCCUCUUCAUCCACAAGCCUGUUCGCUAGCGCAAGUGAAGCUGCUGACAACACGAGGAGAGCGCUUCCUAAGAAAAGAAUCCGUGGCACUAGCCGAGGAGAUGAACUAGACGCUAAGGCGCUUUCGCAUAUUGCCAACUCGUGGAUGCUUAUCGUCGAGUGCCUUGGCAAUGUCUGCACGGAACAGGGAGGCGCAGUAGCAAAAGGGACGUUGGUUGCUGACGAACACUCGCGACGGUUACUCUACAUGAUCGUGCGUGUCAUUCGUGAUGGGUACAGCCUGAGACGCUCUUUCGUCAAAAGCCUCGGGUCAGCACUGGGCCAACGCCUGGCGCAUUUCGCUGCGGCACUACUAGUAGAAUAUCUGCGAAACGCGAUGCUGCUACCAGUGACUCUAACGAAACCGGGCCCGCAAGGGCAUGUACUUCAAACCUAACCUAACAGUGAUUCUCGUGUCAGAUUGCUAUUAUUUCUUGUUUCACUUGCUUCUUGUUGUUCAACUUCAAGGGCCUUCGUCCUCGUCCUAAGGUGAGGAAGUAAGUUGUAGAUAAAUAAAAUGAACACUGCCAGUGCCACUGCGACCAUGAUUUUCACGAACUACAGGCUCGACAAGAACAAAUGAAGGUUUCCAAAUUAUUUGCUGACACACUCUCGACAGGUAAAAGUCCUUCCCGCGGAGCGGAAGCCUCCGAGUCUCGCCAAACCUGACCCUAUGCUGGCGAAGCUUUUUGAAGAUGGUUGUUGGGCUGACUUCAGUAUUUGGGCUGGUGAAGGUGACAACCAAAAGGAAUUCAGGGUGCAUCGAUGCAUUCUCUAUGCCUACGUGCCGUAUUUUCGGGGCAUGUUCGGGCCGAGCCCGACGUACUACUCUUCGUCUGAUUAGAUCAUGUUUUUAGCGCUAGUCAUGUAGUACUGGAGCAUUAUUUUUGCACUUUUUCUUUUUCAAUCAUGUGAGAGUGAGACGUACACCGAACAGAAGGUUUGCCAAUUUCUGCCUAGGAGUUCAUCAAUCCUCCAACUUCGCAGGUACACACCCGCAAGUGCUUCCGCUUCAGAUGCGCAGACCGGUUCCUUGCAGCGCACCUCAUCGCAGUUUUCCGAGAGCAUGGGUGUCAAAUUCCCAGACAUCGAAGCUGAUGUGAUGCACACCUGGAUCAAGUACGUUUACACCUUCGAUCCCGCUUUGAUUUCGAGUUUCGAGCUCGCGCAACAGCUGCUCCAACUGGCUGACCGCUUCUGUCAAGCGAUUUUGCUUCGGGAUUGUGAGAUGUACCUCUUUGAUCAUCUGCACGCGGGUAACGUGGACUGCUUUUUAGAUUUGUCGGUGCGAUGCAACGCUAGCGCACUGCAGGACAACGCGAGCGAGUUGGCCUUGAAGAUGCUACCUGAUAAGCUGCAAAAGAACACGAUUGGAGUGUGGUGGCUGCGUGGCCACGCCAUGCUGAGCACUGAGAGCAAAAAGAAGAAGAGGAGGGAUAAGGCAAGUGCUGCUGAACAGAAGACUGCUCCAACAUUUGGGAAUGGCACAGAAGAUGGCCUCAACAUCACAACGUCGGUUAGUUCUACACCUGCGGCACCUCAACUUGAUGCUCAACACAACUCGCCGUCAAUAUCUGGCAACUUUUUAGGUUCUAGAAGUAGUACUGUCCAAGAAGAUGGAGAAACAGAAACAGCCAAUCAGGAGCAUCAAAGUGAUGUGGCCGAGGCUGGUGUUGUUUUGAAUUCCACCUCGUCAAGGCGCGAAGGUAUUGUUAAACAAGUUUCAGUGCAGGUCUACUACAGUGCUGACGAUCCAGUCCGCAUGUCUGGCGCUUCUUCGGUCUUGCAUUCGAGCUCACUCGCAGACAGCCUUGUCCAGCUUGCUACAUCACACGCUGAAGAAACUGGCGCCGAUGACGACAUGGAGCUUGUAUCGUCAAGCGAGGAGGACGAGGAAGAGGGUGAUGAAGAUGACGACGAGCAGACGUCCUGUGAUAAUUUUUCAACUUCGAGUAGCACGAGAUGUUGUAGAGAGCAGAAUAUCAACAGCAACAAGAUGAAGACGAGGCAAAGGAAGUUUCGCAGAAUCAUCAAAUAUGAUUCAGAGCAGCCGCUGUUGGCACUUAGCAUGGCCCACCUCGACUUGGUUCUGGACCGGGCUGAUCGUGUGAUAUUGCAUGGUUUUCAGGAAGCCGCAACUACAGGAACUAAUGAAGGAGAAGCUGCCGGAGGCUUAACAAGCCUCAACAUCGCGGGCGAUACUCCAACUGCGCUGACAUGAUCAAAAAAUUGAUAGCGGCUGGAAUAGAACCGUCUGCUCGUUGUGUGAUGUGCGGUCGUGCUGGCACCCAUAUUUAAUAUUCUAAGUCAGAGUUUUCGGUUUUUCCGAUGAAUAGACUGUUUGUGUAGUUUGAUUUUGUCAAUUUGAUCCCUUGAAAGAUUCUUGCAUGCUUUGAUUAAUGAAUUCAGAUUCAGUGAGCUUACUUUCGGUCCACUUCGAAGGCCCUCAGAUGGUACUGGGACGAGGAAACAUAAAACUAACAUGUGUUUACACAAAUAUAUAAUGAACCUAGGUAGAUAAAAGAUCAUCUACGUACCUGAACUCGGAUUUAUGUUAUGUACUCAGGUCUUUAGGACGAGCCAAUAACCGAAACCGUGGACAUCCGGUGGGCAACCUGAACUUUCUGCACAAGAACGAAUCAAUAUAUCAUCUACUACCGAGUUAGUGCCACUUUAUAAAUAUAUGCCUAUAGUUAUGUAGAAGACGCAAUUUUAUUGACGUUGGGCAAGUUGUUUCAGAAUUAAGUUAGUUGUCUGCACAGAAAAUGAAAAUAGACGCAAAAAUCGCUGAACUGAAUGAAUGAGUUAAAUCAUAGAAGAAUCUUGCUUCUCGUACCGAUAAAAUGGCAUCUGUUGAAAGUAAAAUGUAGUUUGUACUUGUGGGUACUUGAUGUUCGGUAUCUUAGGUUUUUGAGUUGCAUAGUCUGUCAAGAAAGAUUAAUUGAUGAAUAAAUCAAAAAGGCAAGGGCGGUAAAAUCGAAAAUUUGAUCUUGUUGAAGGUGAAGAACUUUUUUUCAUGAGUUUAGUGGCUGUAAUCAGUUUUGUACUCGUCGUGCUUACCCAAGAACUCCUACGCCACUGAUCGUACCGUUGCCCUGAUCGGAAAAGACUUCCUAAUGCCUAUGGGUGUGUCGUUGACAUGCCCAUGACCACCCGUUGUAGGUAAUGACUUUCUCUUGGUUUCUGCCUAUUCUUGCAACAUCCCCGCUGCGUCAUCCCCUUCCCCUGGCGUUCCCCUCUCGCGAGUCCUAGUUUGUUGGAAAUCUCGUCGGGUAUCAACUUUCACCGUGGUUGCGUCAACCCACAGGGUCUCCUAGUACUAGUACGUCUAUAUCGAAUUCGAAGCAUUUGCUUUGUGAAUCAUGAAAUUACAAGGACGAAAACAUCCCUGAGCAUUGAUUUACGUAGGUAACUGAACAAGAAUGGCAAUAGUUGUAUAGGCUGCUUUCGCGAGCGAGCACUUGUGCAACACUUUGCAUGUUGUCAAGCGCAAUACUGCCUGGAUUUUUUUACGAAGAAAUAACGCAUGGAAUUAGUGAGUGCAGGAUGAACAUGAAGGGACGUGUCCUCAAGUAUCGCCUUGCAUGCAAUACCACCUGCUUCUACUUCUACUUGAAUUCCAUGCCUUUGUUGAAGUUGGAUACCUUCAUAUCCAUGCUGCACUUUUCAUGAUGCACCAUUCGUACUAGCUAUUAUCUACUAGAUGGACACGGUUGUAUUUGCUGCAAGCAAGCAGAUUAUAAUAAGCAGAAGAUUUUUGUGAGUGGUCAUGGUUCUUGCAGAGAACUUUUAAGGACGGGAAUGUGGAGGUCGUAGGGUAGUCGUGAUCGCUUCCUGACUUCUACACCCAGAUGAUAAUGACAGACCGAAAUUUUUUCUAGUCAAAGAAUCUAUCAAUGUAAAUCUAGAAAAUGCUCCUGAACACAACCAGACGAAGAUUCGAUGGUAAAAACCAUCUUGCACAGCAGAAGUAGAACUUAACCGGGAUUAUCUAUUAUUUCAUGGGGCUUCCACACAUGUAUUGGUUGAAGGAUGCAAAGCAGCGUCAUUCCGACAUUCAGCGUCAUGAUUCGAAACUUCGGUUGAGCAACAACCACCUAGAAAGAUUGAUCGCACCUGCCACCUGGUCAACAAAUAGCACAGACAUGAUGUUCUUUUGUAAGGCAUCGAUACGCAUGAAACGAUUAUUACAUGCGCAAUUUUCACAGUUGCACGUAGAUCUGAGCUUCGAACACUAGUCACGACAGCACUGGAUUUUGACUCACGUGCUGUAUUGCAUGCUUCCCCGCCCUUGAAUUCUACCUGCUGCCGAGCUGCCAAGAUCCCUAACCCUACCCGAAGUUGCAAAGUACAUGAUUGUGAAUUUUCAACUGUGUCUACGAUAACUUCUCUUCUUGCGUCGUUUUUGUUUUUCGUUCUUCAUCUCUGUUAGUUGUGAUCCUACUGUAUCAUGCAAGAAGUCAACUCAAAC